AUGGCCGGUUCUUUCUUCUCUGGUGCCAUCUUCAAUAAGAUUAACACUCGGCUGCUUUUCUUCUCUGCAUUAUCCGGACUGGGAGUCGCUUCGAUUGUCGCCCCAUACUGCAGCAUGUAUCCUCUGAUGAUCUUCAUUGAAGUAAUAAUUGGCUUCUUUGCUGGAACCAUUGAAGUCUCUGGAAACACCUGGCAUAUGAGCAUAUGGGGAAGUGAAGGGAACGUCUUGAUGCAGAUUUUACAAUUUUCAUUUGCCUUUGGUGGAGUGUUAGCUCCCUUGUACACAGAACCUUUUCUUGCCAAACGAAAAAUACAAAAUGAAACUGACACAGACAAUGUGACAACUGGAAACCUUUCCGACUUAUAUCUUCUUCCUGAUUCUCGAUCAACAGACGUGCACUACGCGUAUCUGAUAACGGGUUUGUUCAUGAUCUGUGCAAGUAUACCGUUUCUUGUUUUGUUUUUCAAGCAGCGUUCGCCAAACACCCAAAGCAUUGGGAAACAAAAUGACAAUACGAUAGUUACUUACAGGAAACUUCCACUAUGUUUGCACAUAUUUAUACUCAUGACUAUUUGUCUGUUUUUCUUGCUGUAUUGCUGCAUUGAGACGUCGUUUUCAUCUUUUCUGAUGGCUUUUCUUAUCAAUGAGUUUGAGUCGAUGACAAAAUCAGAAGGUGUAUACAUAACUACUAUAUACUGGAUGUCAUUCGCAAUAUCCCGUUUUAUUAUGAUCUUUAUAUCAAAACUGUUAUCGUCAGUGCAGCUGUUAUCCCUAUGUAUACUGCUGAUGAGUGUAGCAUUUGUUGGCUUUUUUAUUAGUGUAGUAUUUGAAGUAGUUGUGGCUGUCGGUGUGUUCACGGCCCUGGCAGGUCUGGGCAUGUCAGGAGUCUACGCUGCAGGGUUUUCGUGGACAGAAACGGAGUUACUCAAAGUCACAUCUCGAGUAUCUGCAAGUAUUGGCAUUAUUGCGGCCAUCGGAUCUAUUGUUAUUCCUUUAAUUAUAGGGUUUCUAAUGGAUGAAGUUAGCAACAUGUGGUUCUGUUAUUUAUUACUUGGUCAAACAGUUGUUAUGUUUCUCAUUUUUAUUUUUCUAUUCUUUUUUAUAAGACGUUUUAUAAUCAUUGUGUAUGGCCCGAUGAGCUUGUUAGAACAUUGCGUAGAAAACGACAGCAAACAGUUGGGGACAGAACUUUCAAAAGAUGACUAUAAGACAAUAAAGAAUAUCUAA